AUGGAGUAUGCCUUGCUGAGAAUGCAAAAUUCAGUAGAAGCCUGGCAUCAAAGAUGGGAUACCUUGUGUAAAAAACUUGCUUUAUCAGAUGGUCAACAAAGUCGACAAGUCGUUGCUCGUGAAACGAGGAUACAAACAGUUUUUAAUAACCGCGAUCAGAUGCCACUUAUGGACUUUCUUCGGGGAAUUGCACAUAAUAUUUAG